GAACGAGGCACUUUCUUGUUGAAGCUCCGACGAAUUGAGCGUCACGAAACUGGAUCUGCCAAUUGCCGGCAACCGCAUCAUCGCAAUGAUCUCUAGACCGUCCCUCACGAGGGCUGCGCAGCAGACCCUCCGCAACUCGAGCUGUGCUCGCACAAUCUCGGGUCGUCGGUUCGCCAGCGCCGCUGCUGGCUCCGGCACCUUUGAGACCGCCGACGUUGGUGGUGUCAAGGUUGCUGCCAGAGACUCCCAGGGCCCUACCACCAAGUUGGCCAUCGUGGCAAAGGCCGGUACCAGAUACCAGCCUCUUCCCGGCCUGGCCGCUGGCCUCGAGUCUUUUGCCUUCAAGAACACGACAAAACGCUCUGGCCUGCGCAUCGUUCGCGAGUCUGAACUCCUCGGCAGCCAAUUGACCGCAUACCACACCCGCGAAGCCCUCGUCCUCGAGGCCAGCUUUUUCCGCGAUGACCUUCCCUACUUCACGGAACUUCUCGCCGAGGUCGUCUCGCAGACCAAGUACACCACCCACGAGUUCCACGAAGAGGUUCAGCCUGUUCUCCGCUUGAAGCAGUCUGGCACCAGCGCCGCCGCUCUUGCCCUUGACUCCGCCCACUCCGUUGCUUUCCACUCCGGCCUAGGCUCUCCCUCCAACCUGACGCCCUCGAUCCCCAUCCAGCCCUACCUCAGCGAGUACGCCGUUUCCGAGUUCGCCCAGGCCGCCUUCGCCAAGCCCAACAUCGCCCUUGUCGCCGACGGUGCCUCCGCCGCGAACGUUAGCAAGUGGGCCGAGCAGUUCUUCAAGUCGGUUCCCUCCGCCUCCUCCGGCAAGCUGGCCCUGAACACCGCCGCCACCAAGUACUUUGGUGGUGAGCAGCGUACCUACAGCCCCUCUGGCAACGCCUAUGUCAUUGCCUUCCCCGGUGCCACGAACGGCCAGGCUUCUCCUGAGCUUGCCGUCCUUGCGGCUCUGCUGGGCGGCAAGUCCAACAUCAAGUGGUCCACUGGCUUCAGCCUGAUCAACAAGGCUGUUGGCGUUGUUCCGGGCUUGUCCACUUCGACCGUCAACCUGUCAUACUCUGACGCUGGCCUCCUGACUAUCCAGCUCGCUGGCUCAGCCUCUGCUGUCCGUGGGGCCGCCCAGGAGACCGCCAAGGCUCUGAAGAGCAUCGCUGAGGGUACCGUCAGCAAGGAGGACCUGACCAAGGCUAUUGCUAAGGCCAAGUUCGAUGCCCUUGAGGCUUCAGAGAAGCGCAGCGGUAGCAUCCUCCUCGCUGGGUCCAGCCUCGUCCACAGCGGCAAGGCCGUUGACGCCACCGAGGCCACCAAGUCCAUCGAGUCUGUUACGGCUGAGAAGCUCAAGGCGGCGACGAAGACGAUCCUGGAGGGUAAGGCCAGUGUUGCGGCAGUGGGUGACCUGUUCGCUCUGCCGUACGCUGAGGAGCUUGGCCUCCGGGUAUAAAUGGGGAUUUAGCCCUGUCUUAUAGCGGCCGAAUGAACCGUGUAUCAACAGUCAAGCAUUUGCGGUAGAAUGGGGAAAUGUAUCCUUUGUGAACAUAUGUAGUAGAAUUUUCUUGUGUCUGCCUAGCUUGCCUAAUUCCCACGUAUGAAAUUGUUUUGUCAAGUUACUGGUACGCGUUGUGAUUAUGAUCAUCCGCCAUCGCAGUC